CCCUCACUCACUCAUCAGUCAUCACUCUUCACUUUCUCCUUCCCUUCUAUGAGCGAAACAAAAAAUUAAAAAUGGUUACAACCCGGAAAACGAUGGCCAGAGACACCUUCUCCUCUCAUCGCCGACAACCGCAAGAUCCUGAGUCGCCGGUGAAGAAGUUCUUCAAGUUGGUCUUACCUUCAACAAUGGAGAAUAACAUGAUGAGGAUACCGCCAAAAUUCGUGAAGCUACAAGGGUCUAAAUUCCCUGAUGUUGUUACAUUGGAGACUCCUGUGGGAUUCAAGCGUUCGAUAAAGCUCAAACGGAUCGGUCAAGAGAUUUGGUUCCAUGAGGGCUGGAGUGAAUUUGCAGAGGCUCAUUCCAUCAAGGAAGGCCACUUUCUCUCGUUCGAAUACGACGAGAAUUCGAGUUUCCAUGUAAUAAUCUUCAAUGUUUCCGCUUCCGAAAUUGACUAUCCACCAGAUGCACUUCAGAUCAGUGACAGCGACGAUGAUAUAGUCGAUAUUACAGACAAAGGGUUUAUUGGAACUCAAGGUACAAGGAACAAUGAUCAAUCUGUUAAUGGUGAGCACAAACUCAAGAAGAGACCAAGAGACAUCGAGUUAGACAAGAUUCUACACAAAGUUGAUGUGCUCGAUUCAAACCAAGUGCUCAAGGAAGAAGAAGAAGACGACAAGAGAGUCUUCAGGGGAUAACAGAGCUUUUAACAGAGACCUGCGAGUGUAUUUGUUGUGUAAUGUUAAUUAUGACUUGGAUGAAACUAAGAAUUGCACAAUAAGUAGUGUUCUGAUCCUGACCUGUAACAAGCUAUUUUAAACAAAACUGAAACCUGGUCUUGUUUUUAUUCUUCUUUCUUU